ACUGCAAUGAUGAAGAUGCUACUGGGCUGCUCUCUCUGCCUGCUCCUCCUGCUCAGCUGUCUGAGUGACCUGGCGGAGGGCCGAACUCUGCAUCUGGACAGCUGCACUGUCACUGUUCACACACAUGAACUGCGCAAAUAUUACUCUGCCAUACGAUCGAAUGUGAUAGAAGGGGACAAGGAGAUAGGAGUGAAACUUCUGGACAGAUCAUUGAUGAAGGACGUUCAGGAGGGGCAGACUUGCUGUUUCCUGCAUCUUGUGCUGCGUUUCUAUGUUGAGAGAGUGUUCAGCAACUACGCCUCUUCUCAGCCACAGCACCAACGUAGCUCCAGCGCUCUGGCCAAUGCUUUUGUCAGCAUCAGAAGAGAGAUACAUAAAUGUCACUGCCACUGUGGAGAGGAGACACAGAGAACAAUUGACUCUCUGCAUGCUGAGUUUAUCAAGCUCCACAUAAACCAGGCAGCACAGAAGGCUGUGGGAGAACUGGACACUGUGCUGGAGUGGCUGGAAGGACUCGAACAGAAAACACACACAUGAUCAGACAGAAACUCAGCAACAUCAACACUGUAACACCAAGUUGAUGAACCCCUAAUCUGACAUCAAAGAUGUGACCUGAUAUUACUUGUAAACAGAAUGAAGAUUACACAUUUAAGCUUCAUUUCUGUGACAUUUUGCAUUUCUUUAUUUUGUACUUGAAUUAGCUUCAUGUUUUUGAUGUGUUUUUAUAUUUUUCAAUGAAAUAUUUAACAUGACAAUGUUAUUUAACAUAUCACCAUGCUAUAAAUGUUUAAGUUCUUAUAUUUAUCAAAAACAGAAAGCUGUUAAGAUAUUGUAUGUGUGGGUUCUGCGCAAUCAAAUUUGAUUUCAACUGCUUAUUUCAACAAUGAUUUAAUUUCAAUUUUUUUAAUUUUAACAAUGUUUUAACUUCUUUUCAUUUCAUUUAUUUGUUCUGUUCAUGUUGAUGCACAGUUCCAG